AUGGCUCCAGUUAAAAUCAACCAUGUGGUGUCCUUCACCUCUCAGGACCCCAGGUAUCCAGUGGAGAAUCUGCUGCGCGACGAUGGCAUUCACCCUUGGCUGAGCUGCCCCCAGGAUCGGAGCAGGCAGCUGAAAGUGGAGCUGCAGCUGGAACGGGCUAGUCCUAUUGGCUACAUAGACGUAGGGAACUGCGGCUGUGCCUUCCUCCAGGUGGACGUGGGGCGCUCCUCCUGGCCGCUGGACCAGCCCUAUGUUACCCUGGUGCCCAGCACUACGCUGAUGACGCCGGCUGACUCGAAGCUGGACAGGAACCGCUCUGGGGUCCGGAUGUUUAAAGAGGGGGAUUUCCUAGCGGCGGCACUGGGCGAGAAGUGGGAUCGCGUGAGGAUCACCUGCAGCCAGCCCUUCAACAAGCAGGCCCAAUUUGGCCUCUCAUUCAUCCACAUCCGCACCCCGUUGGACCCCGAUCACAGCCAGGCGGCUCCAGCUCCGCCCCAGACGGGUCUCGAGCCCGCAGCCAGCCCCUGGCUCGCCAGCCCCGCCUUUCGCAGGACAUUUUUCCCGGAGGUGCAGCCGAGCAAGGGGGAGGAGGAGGAACUGAAGAGCCGACUGCAGCUGCUGGAGCCCAGCUGUGGGCCUCAUCCCCGCAGCCCGACCUGUCUCAGCCGGACAGCCAGGAUGGUGCUGUCAGCGGCCCAGUCGCGCAGCCGCACUCUCCCGCCGGGCCCCAGCGCCACCUCUUUGGCCGCUGAGAGAUCGGGGAGCAGCCGGGGACAGCAGAGUGAAGAUCCAGCCGUGAACCAGAGCGAUGGACAUCUGGGAGGACCUGGCAUGGUGCCCUCUGCCCAGCUGGCGAAAAGCACUCACGGGGCCCCACUGCUGGAAGUGCUGCCUACGGACCACGAGGGGCUUGGUUGGAUCCUGGGCUUCUGGAAUAUGCCCAGGCAGCUAAUGGGGAAUGUCUCCCUCUGCCCCGGGUCAAUGCCCAGGCCUGGUACCCAGGGAGGAAGAGCCAGGAGCCGGGGAGGAAGGUCCAGCAAGCUGGAUGAUGGUGGAGAGGCAGGCGGGGAGAUGGGCACAUGCCCCAUCUGUGCAGGCUGCUUCAGCACAGAUCUCCUUCCUGUUCACGCCUCCACCUGUGGGGAAGAUGGCUCCCUUCCAGACACCGCCUGGCCAUCCCCGCCACGGGAAGAUCCCCGGCGCGAGGAGCCCCCCGAGGCUUGGGUGCCGUGCCCCAUCUGUGAGUUCCGGUUCAGCACAGCAGAGGUGGAGAGGCAUGCCAGCACCUGUGGGGAGCAGCAACCCAGCUGGAGGGAGAUAGUCAACAGGAAGCUGAGGUUCCCCAGCGAGCUCCUCGACACCAUCCAGGAGGGGGACCUGUUGCGGGUGCAGCAGCUGCUGCAGGGGAGCGACGGGAUCCUGCAGCAGCAGGCCGACAGUGAGGACCGCGCGUGGCGGGAAGCCCUCAACCUGGCCAUCCGCGUGGGCGGUGGGGAGAUCACUGGGACCCUGCUGCGCUACGUCAAGUUCGACUUCCGCCAGAUCCACGAGGCCCUGCUGGUCGCCGUGGACACCAACCAGCCCCAGGUGGUGAAGCUGCUGCUGGACCGGCUGGACCAGGAAAAGAGCAUCAAGAUGGACAUCAAGUCCUUCUCCUUGGCCUUCUUCGACCGCUCCAUCGACAACGCCCGCUUCGCCCCCGGCGUGACGCCGCUCACCCUGGCCUGCGAGAAGGACCUCUACGAGAUCGUGGACAUGCUGGUGCAGAAAGGCCACGCCAUCCCCCGGCCCCACAAGAUCUCCUGCACCUGCCUGGAGUGCAGCAACGGCCGCAAGUAUGACCUGCUCAAGUUUUCCCUCUUCCGCAUCAACACCUACAAGGGCAUCGCCAGCCGGGCCUACCUCUCCAUCGCCAGCGAGGAUGCCAUGCUGACCGCCUUCAAGCUCAGCCGGGAGCUGCAGCGCCUCUCCUGCAAGGAGCCGGAGUUCAAGCCAGAGUACCUCAGCCUGGAGCUCCUGAGCCAGGAGUUUGCCUUUGAGCUGCUGGGGAUGUGCCGUAACCAGAGCGAGGUGACAGCCGUGCUGAACGACCUGGGGGACAGCGAGGAGGAGGAGGAGGAGCUGGACAGCCAGGCCUUCGAGGAGGGCAUCCCCAACCUCGCCCGGCUCCGGCUGGCCGUCAACUACAACCAGAAGAAGUUUGUUGCCCAUCCCAUCUGCCAACAAGUGCUCUCGUCCAUCUGGUGCGGGAACCUGUCGGGCUGGCGCGGGAGCAACACGCUCUGGAAGUUCUUUGUCUCCUGUUCCAUCUUCCUGACCAUGCCCCUCCUGUGCCUGGUGUACUGGAUUGCCCCGAAGUCACGGGUUGGCAAAAUGCUGAAGAUCCCAGUGAUCAAGUUCCUCCUCCACUCGGCCUCGUAUCUCUGGUUUCUGAUCUUUCUGCUGGUGGAGUCCUUGUUCCUGGAGCACAAGCAUCACAUCUUCUUGGGACGCAAUCAGACCGUGUGGGAGAACUCCCUGCACAUGGUCUGGGUGGCUGGCUUCUUCUGGUACGAGUGCAAGGAGGUGUGGAUCGAGGGGCUGCACAGCUACCUCCUGGAUUUGUGGAACUGCCUGGACAUCGUCAUCCUCAGCCUGUACCUGGCCUCCUUCGCGCUGCGGGUGCUGGUCGCCGGGAGGGGCCACCUGCACUGCCUGGACGCCCCUUCCUCGCCGGAGUGCUACUACUUCACCAGAGCCGGACGGCACGAGUGGCAGCCCGAAGACCCCCAGUUCGUCGCCGAGGUGCUGUUUGCGGUGACCAGCAUGCUGAGCUUCACCCGCCUGACCUACAUCCUCCCCGCCCAUGAGUCCCUGGGCACCCUGCAGAUCUCCAUCGGGAAGAUGAUCGACGACAUGAUCCGAUUCAUGUUCAUCCUCAUGAUCAUUCUCACCGCGUUCCUGUGCGGACUCAACAAUACCUACGUUUACUACCAGGAGUCCCAGCGGCUGGGGAACUUCAACGAGACGUUCCAGUUCCUGUUCUGGACCAUGUUCGGGAUGGAGGAGUACAGUGUGGUGGACAUGCCCCAGUACGGCCUGGCGGAGUUCGUGGGGCGGGCGCUCUACGGGAUCUUCACCAUCGUCAUGGUCAUCGUCCUUCUCAACAUGCUCAUCGCCAUGAUCACCAACUCCUUCCAGAAAAUCGAGGACGAUGCGGACGUGGAGUGGAAGUUCGCCCGCUCCAAGCUCUACCUGUCCUACUUCAGGGAGGGCCUGACGCUGCCUGUGCCGUUUAACGUCAUUCCCACACCAAAGUCCCUCUUCUAUUCAGUCAGGGGCAUCGUCAGGUUCGUUUGCUGCUCCAAACCCAAGAGGCAACAGGAUUACCCCCCAAUUCCCACCAUCGUAAGUUCCCUGUCUGACGUUGGCCUGGGCGGGGAGAGCCGCCGUUCCUAUCGGCUGCAGGUCAUCAAGGCUCUGGUGCAGCGCUACAUCGACACGGCCAGGCGGGAGUUUGAGGAGAGCAGGAGGAAAGACUUGGGGAACCGUAUCACCGAGCUGAACAAGUCAGUGUCGCGCCUGCACGCGGAGGUGAAGCGCCUGCAUCACAGCCUGCCCGCCCACCCUGCUCCCGCCAGCCCUCUGGAUGGGGCCAGCGUGCUGCACAGAUACAUCCUGCGGGUCCAGGACAACGUCCAGAACUUCAGCCAGGCCGCGGGCAGCUCCGGCCCGGGCUCCCGCGCCCAGGUGAUGGUGCACCAGGAUGGGGCUGCCGGGAACGACCCCCAGCCCUACCCCAAGGCGCUCUCCCUUGGCCCCCAGCACGCGAUGUCUCCUGGGGACGGCGCCGGGGAAGGGGACCAAGCAGUAGAGCCGAGUUCCCAUCCAGCAGAGGAAGCCAACUCCGGCCCUAGCCUCUAG